GCGCGCGCUCGAGGAGUGAGACUUCAACUCUGGUUGGCUGGAGCUGGUGACUCUGGAAAGAUGGCGGCGUCUAGUGCAGUUGCGACAGUCGGGGCCGGUGGCUCAACCAGCGCGGAUUUCGCUGAUCUGCGGGAGAUUAAGAAGCAGCUGCUGGACGUGGCGGAGCGCAGCCGAGAGCGUGGCUUGCAGCAUAGCGGGAAAUGGGCCUCAGAGUUGGCUUUUGCCCUGGACCCUCUGCCAUUGAAUGAGCUGCCUCCUGCACCCGCACUCACAGAGGAAGAUGCUCAUGAUUUGGAUGCCUAUACCCUUGCUAAGUCUUACUUUGAUCUGAAAGAAUAUGACAGAGCAGCUUACUUCCUCCGGGGCUGCAAGAGCCAGAAGGCUUAUUUCUUGUAUAUGUACUCCAGAUACCUGUCAGGUGAAAAAAAGAAGGACGAUGAAACUGUGGAUAGUCUAGGUCCCUUAGAGAAGGGACAGGUGAAGAAUGAUGUUCUAAGAGAGUUACGGGUAGAGCUUAGCAAGAAACACAAAACACGAGAACUGGAUGGAUUUGGCCUUUAUCUGUAUGGAGUUGUGUUGCGAAAGCUGGACCUAGUGAAAGAGGCCAUUGAUGUGUUUGUUGAAGCCACCCAUGUUUUGCCAUUGCACUGGGGAGCCUGGCUGGAGCUUUGUAACUUGAUCACAGACAAAGAGAUGCUGAAGUUCCUGUCCUUGCCAGAUACCUGGAUGAAGGAAUUCUUCCUGGCACACAUCUACACGGAGCUGCAGCUCAUAGAGGAAGCCUUGCAGAAGUACCAGAGUCUUAUUGAUGCAGGUUUUUCCAAGAGCACCUACAUUAUCUCCCAGAUUGCAGUGGCCUAUCACAAUAUUCGAGAUAUUGAUAAAGCUUUGUCCAUCUUCAAUGAACUGAGAAAACAAGACCCUUACAGGAUUGAAAAUAUGGAUACCUUUUCUAAUCUGCUCUAUGUCAGGAGCAUGAAGCCUGAACUGAGCUAUUUGGCUCACAAUCUUUGUGAGAUUGACAAGUACCGUGUUGAGACGUGCUGUGUGAUUGGGAACUACUAUAGUUUGCGCUCUCAACAUGAGAAAGCAGCACUCUAUUUCCAGAGAGCAUUGAAGCUGAAUCCUCGGUAUCUUGGAGCAUGGACCCUCAUGGGGCAUGAAUACAUGGAGAUGAAGAACACAUCAGCAGCUAUUCAGGCAUACAGACAUGCCAUCGAGGUGAACAAAAGGGACUACAGAGCAUGGUACGGACUGGGGCAAACAUAUGAGAUCCUCAAGAUGCCAUUUUACUGCCUGUAUUACUAUAGACGAGCCCAUCAACUCAGACCAAAUGAUUCUCGUAUGCUGGUUGCUCUUGGAGAAUGUUAUGAGAAAUUAAAUCAGCUGGUAGAAGCCAAAAAGUGUUACUGGAGAGCAUAUGCUGUAGGAGAUGUGGAAAAAAUGGCACUGGUGAAACUUGCAAAGCUCCAUGAACAGUUGAAUGAAUCGGAGCAAGCUGCUCAGUGUUAUAUCAAAUACAUCAAAGAUAUCUAUUCCUGUGGGGAGAUAGUGGAGCAUCUGGAAGUGAGCACUGCCUUCCGCUACUUGGCUCAGUACUACUUCAAGUGUAAACUCUGGGAUGAAGCAUCAGCCUGUGCCCAGAAAUGUUGUGCAUUCAAUGAUACAAGAGAAGAAGGGAAGGCCCUCUUACGACAAAUCUUACAGUUGCGAAAUCAAGGAGAGACGUCGUCCACAGAGAUUGCCACGCCUUUUCUCCUUCCUUCUUCAUUGUCUGCCAACAAUACUCCAACACGCCACGUGUCACCAUUGAACUUGUCUAAUAUUACACCUUAAACUGUGCCUGCCUCUCUGAGCCAGUCUGAGUUGUAAGGGAAAUCCAGUGGGAACCUGGAGCACCACCUUGUUCUGGGCAGGGGUCUAUAUUCAGUGCUGCCUCCUUGAGAGGGCUGAAUGCUGAUAGCUCAUUGUUGGAGAUACCUUUUGAACUGCAGCAGUCAAAUGUUAGUGGGCCAGACUGAUCUGUUUGAGUGAACUGAAUCCACUUGACUCUUCUUCAACCCUCUCUUCUUAUUGGUAUGACAUCUUAGUGUAAGAAGAGGACUCUCUAUGGCCUCUCUCUCUAUACUGAAGUUGGGUUAGAGUUCCUUCUCUGCCUCUCUCAACGGCUUUCCAGAGUGUCUGCUACACAGCAUAAAUGGAUCAGUUUUGGUUAGAAGGGAAAAUAGCACCUUACGCUUAGUGGGAAAUACAAGAAAUAUGUACUUGAGUUGCUGGACACUAAUCCUUUUGCUUUAGAUUAGCUGGCUGGUGAAAGGAGCCAGGGUAAACAGCAUGGAUAGGAAAGUCAUUUUUUUGCACGAUGGUUUUUUCCUUGUAUGAACAACAAAUGUAGUCCAGUCAGUUAUGGAAGGGCAUGAAUGAAAAUCCUAGCAAUUGAUGUACACCUCUUCAGUAUCCUGUGAUGCCCAUUCUGUGCCACUGCUGAUGCUGUUGUUGUUUGGCUUGAUAAUACAGAGUGGUGUGAUGGUUCAAGUAAAGGAUGUUGAAAAGAAACUAUUAAUAAUAACUGUUAAGCCGGCAGUGCAGUAUUGUCAUUGCUUUUCCCUAUGUGCUGACUCCAGAAAUGUCAGCAGAGCUAUUCGAAAAGAGAGGUAUAACAUGUCAACUGUGUAUUAGGAACAAAACAGAACUAUUCCUUGAGAACCACUUUGUUCUGUUCCUUGAAAUAGGAGCUGAUGGGUUGUAAACGAGUGCCCUAUCAGGAUACAGACCAAGUGUUGAAUAUGAUCUUGACACCUAAAAUAAUGGCUGUUGUAAAAGAGUAGAGCCAAAUAAUGUUAUAGUUUGCUGAAGCCAACAAUGUUGGGAAUGUAAAACAAAGACUCAUUGGUAGCUAAGCAGCAAGUGGUAAUGGAACAACCUUAAGUUCUACUUCCACCAUUAAAUUGGUUUUAUCUGUG